AUGAGCGCUACACUCUCCACCACCGUUACCAACUCUGACGCUGCCGCGCCCACCAAGGGCCCCCCUGCCACGGCUGAGACUUCCAAGGCAGCCGAGGCGCGUCCCAAGCUCUCGCCGUCCGAGGCGUACGCUUGGAACGCGGCGUGGAAGGGCAUGGAGCGGUUCCACAACUCGCACAAACGGACGUUCACCAACUCGUACGAGCAUGCAUCCGACUAUGCCGAUGUUGGUUACUCGCUCAAGGCGUUCCUGCGCGAGAGUUACAACCUCGUCAUCCAUCUUGGCAACCACCACUCUAUUGAAGAGGCAUACAUCUUCCCGCUGCUUGCGCACAAGCACCCGGCGUUCCGUGACGGUGCAGAGCACAAGGCCGACCAUGCGGCGAUCCACGACGGCCUCGAGCGAUACCAGGAGUUCCUCCGUGCUUGUAUGAUGGACGACACCAAGUACUCGCCCGAGAAGAUGCGUGAGAUCCUUGACAGCUUCCGUGAGCCGCUGUUCCGCCACUUGGACCAGGAAGUCGAGGACCUCAAGCCCGAGACACUUUGGAAGCACGGCUUUACGAUCGACGAGAUCCGUCGUCUGCCCUUUUAG